CAGCUGUCACAUGAACUUUUGUUGAAAGCUGCUAAAGCAAUAAUGGAAAGAUAAGAUUUUUAUGCAUUUUUGAAAAGAAAAAUGAUCAAAUGUCGGCUCUACGUAUGUUUUGUGUUAUUAUUUUACUUCACUUUGCAAAUAACGGCUACUACUCACUGGGUUGUAACUGAAAACGGCCGGAUUCAAACACAAUUGGAUUCUCCUUUUCAUUUGAGAAGACCAUAUGAUCUCAUAGCUUUGUUAGACCAGGAAACACGUCAAAACAACAUUAAUGCAUUAUACAAAGAUCUCAUUAAUCGCAAGAAUGAAAUAGACCAAAAAUGGGCAGGUUUAGAUGGAACAUCUGAUUUGGAAUCAAAAAUUUAUUCCCAAGAUCAAAACUGCCUGAAAGCAGAAAAGCCUCUUAGUGAAAUUGAUCUCUAUGCAAGUAUUGGUUCCAAUGGAAGUGAAAGAGAAGCACUUCAUAAAGAAUUACAAGCUAGAAACUAUGAUGGGUCUACCACUUCAUCGGAACCUGAUUGUAGUAAACAUUUUAAUAUGGAUUUUAGUAUGUUUGCUUAUGAACAUCUUGGCUCUAUGAUAAAUAGGCAUAAUUUAACUUUGACUGCUGAAAUUGGACUGAAACAUCUACUAUCAGGAUUAUCUACUGAGGAAUUUGGAAGUCUCAUUGUUUCUGAACUAGAGGCUAAUACUUCCUCAUGGUUGCAUUAUAAUCUAGGUAUUUUAUAUUGGAGAAUUAAAGGUAAUGCUCCCAAGGCUAUUGAGUGUGCUAGAAGAGCCUUAUUUUUUGUUCCAAGAGAAUAUCAGGACAUUCCACUUCUUAAUUUAGCUGGAAUUUUUCAUCAGAGUCAUAAUCAUAAAGAUGCUGCAAUUCUUCUACAUGCUGCAAUAGAUCAUGCUCCUGCUCAGCCCUUAAAUUAUCUUGCACUGGGUAAUGUUUAUGCUGCUCUGACAGAUUUCAAUCGAUCUGUAGCAUGUUAUGAUAAUGUUUUGAGAUUGCAACCUGACUAUGACAUUGUUGCUACUGUUAAAUAUGCUACGUUAUGUCACAAGAAAUUGGAGACUCUUCUGUCACAACUUCAUGACUCUUUACAACAAAUUUUAUCGGAUUUGCACGAAUAUCACGGGCAGCAACAGCAGUGGUUGCGUUUACAAGAACGUCUCCUGUGGGAACAGGUUCCAUUUGAAACAAGGAUUGCCGAAUACGGUGCUGAUAAGAUUGAAACCUUUUUGUCUCACAGAGGACAGCGUUGCGUUCAACGGGAUGCAGCCGAUUCAAAAUCAACAAUUAUUUGUGACUUUACCGAUACUAGGAACGCUGUAGGAUUGCACGUUGAUAUGAAUUUGAAUUUAGAAAAGCUAUUGAAGAAUGUCGAGAGCGAAACGUUGAAGAUUUCUGAACAAAUGUCGCGAAGUAAAAAUUUUGCUGGAGGUAAAACACUCUCAGCAAAGAAAAAUAAAAAAGGAGAUGUGAAAGAGAUCAUGGACGAAAGCAGCAGUAAUAGCAGAUUGAAUUCAAUAAAUUUCGAGGGAGGUUCGUUCAAUAUUCCCCCUGCUUUUCAUCCAAAAUAUCCGACCACUCUUUCUUUAUCAAACGAUUUAUAUUUUGAUGCCACGUCAUGGCCAAGUAAAGAAGAAUGUGUUAAAUGGAACCUACCUCCUAAUCCCAAAGAGUUACUUAAUAUUCCGGUCUUUUUGCCUCCAGAAAAUAAAGGAUUCCAGGUUUCUAAGGCGAUAUCAGACUUGAUAGAUCUUCCAAAUGGUUUUGAACAUUCCCUUCCAUGGUAUCCUCCCAUUUGUGAACAUUCUGGCAAAGACUUUAAUAAAAUUUAUCUUCCUUCGAGCGUUAAACAAACCUUCAACAAACCGUUGAAAAUGCAUCCCUUUUUUCAUAAACAUUUCGUAAAUUAUAUUAACGAUGGUAAAGUUGACGAGGCUGAAAUUGGCCAAAGAAUUAUUACUGCCAUGUACAAGAAAACAGCUCCUGGGUGGUUACUUGCAACGUUAGCAAGUUAUUAUUGGCAAAUACGUUCAAAUACAAAAAACGCGUUAAACUGUCUCGAUCUGGCUUUUCAAACUGUCCCAAAGGACUAUACAGAUGUCGUUAUUAUUUCGAUUUCUUCAGUUUUACAUCAGUUGGAUCUCGUGGAUGACGCCCUCAAAUUUGCAAUGCUAGCUUUUCAAGUCAAUUACGUGGAACCCAGCACAAACUUUCUACUGGCUCUGCUUCAUUAUAAAAAGAAUAACCCAAUACUUGCCAUGUAUUAUAUGAAAAAUGUUCUAAGAGUUGAACCUAAUUAUUACAACGGUUUGGCUGAAAAUCUACUUAAAACUUGGGCUUGUAGUGUGAAAUUAGGAAGUUAUGAAGAUGAAAAAAUAAAAAUUGAUAAGAUCACAGAAGGCAUGUGUUCGGAUAAGGAUUCCUUCAGGGGUGAAGGGGUUAUUUGUUCUGCAAACGGGGAGCAGUGCAAGACUGCUUCUAUACAAUGCUUUAGGACUGAAGCUAUAAAGGACCCAAUUCUCGAGAAAGAAAAGAUUUCCCUUUCAAAUUGUGGUAAAAGCAGGGGUGGUUUUGGUCGUUCUUUUGUAAACAAUUUCAUGAACGGCGAUAAAAAUGAACCUGAUCAGUCCCAUUUGGAAACCAUGAACAAUUAUCCUCAUCAGACCUUUCAUAUGAGGAUUUCUUUAGGCAGUGGAAAUGGGGAGGCAAAAGAACAAAAUGAAAAUGUCCUGGGGGAUUUUUAUGUAUCUGUUUCUUUAACUGAUGAUCCUUUACCAGAACCAUUGCUUCAUGUUUAUGACAAAUCUGGUACUUAUCCCCUUUCUGCAACUACUUGUAGAGACAUUCGAGAUUCUGAUUGGCUUCAUUUCAGUUCAAUGUGGCAGUCAAUUGCCACCAGGAAUAUGGAUAUAAGUUCUCUGCUGAAAUCUACAUCUAAUAAUGAAAAGGGUUCCUUAAAACCUUACUGUUCUGAUGCUGCUCCUGCUCCUAAGACCUCUUUGGACUACUUGACAAGUACCCUUAUACGUAAAAAGUUACAGAAGUUUCCCGAACCAACCCUGAUGGAAUGGCUGACUUUAAUGGCCAACGAUGAUAGGAGUAGCCUUCAGGAGUUGGGAGUUAAAUUAAGUAGAGCAUUACAAGAGAAUGUGACUUCUUGGAUUUUAGCAACUGCUGCUGCACUGUAUUGGAGGAUCGUUGGGGACGUGGACGAAGCUGUGACAUGUAUAAGACAGGCACUGAAUUUUGUCCCUAGCGACAUGAAGGAUCUGCCUCUUAACAGUCUUUCAAAUAUUCUUCAAAGGAAUGGUUUACUUUCAGAUGCCUUGGAAGCGGCGUAUUUGGCUCUUGAAAGUCGUCCAGAUUUUGUGAUUAAUCAUUUCACUUUGGCUAAUGUUCAUACCGUUUUGGGUGAUUUGGAAAAAGCGAUUUCUUUCUACAGAUCAGCUUUGGCUCUAGAACCAAAUUUUGAACCAGCUAGAAACCGUCUUCAGGCUAUUUUAUGUACUUUAUUUUUUGACGAAAGUGGAUCUCUGAGGGAUGCACCGGAUUUUACGCGUAUUUAGACGUAUGCUCUUUCCAUUUUCUAUACUUAUUUAUUAUUGUUUAACCAAAAAGCAAUGUGUUCAACCUGUUUUAUUGUUUUUUUUUGUUCAUUUUACAUUUUCUUUUUAUUUUGUUAAAUGAUUUCAGUAUGAGACCUAUUUAAAGACUUUUGUUUG